UGACAGUAAAACUGUUGGAGAGAAGAAGAGAUAUCUUUAUUUUAUGUGAAAAUCUUGUUUUUUGUGCCGCCUCUCUAAUAUUUAUAGAACUAUUAACAAAAUAUUAUUAAAUUAACAAAUAGUAUAUUUGAAGGAACUAAAAAAAGUCACAAAUUAAAUUAUGUCUAUGGAAAACGUUGAUGAUAUAUCAAAUAUGCAACGCGAUUUUGCCGAUGUUGAUAUAAAUAACGGAGCAGAUUCCAACAAUGAAGAUGAACAAGAGGAAGAAGAAGUGCCAUCUCCGGCCACAAAUAAUAAUGGUUUAAGCCAAUCUUCAAUACAUCGUCGUAUCUCAUCAAGUAACAUGCAAGAUGUUCUAUCCGAUAAUGGUGACUAUUUUAUCGAAAUAACAGUAUCAGAACCCCAAAAAGUUGGUGAUGGCAUGGGUUCAUAUCUGACAUACAAGGUUACAACCAAAACCAACAUUCCUAAAUUUAAGCGUACCGAAUUUAGUACACUUCGGCGAUUUAGUGAUUUUCUGGGUAUACAUUCGCUGCUGGCUAGCAAAUAUAUAAAAUUAGGAAAAAUUGUUCCACCAGCACCGUCAAAAAAUAUUUUUGGUACUACAAAAGUUAAAAUAAGUCCCCAACAAAAUGAACCUGGCAAUGGAUCCAAUGUUGAAUGGGUAGAACAGCGCAGGGCCGCAUUAGAACGAUACAUUAAUCGUACCGCUCAACAUCCAGUGCUUAGAGUUGAUUUGGAUUUCGUUAACUUUUUAGAAAGUGAUCAGGAGUUACCUCGUGCCGUUAACACUGCGGCCUUGAGUGGAGCUGCUGUGGUGCGUCUAUUCAAUAAAGUUGGUGAGACUGUUAAUAAAAUAACAUAUAAAAUGGAUGAAAAUGAUCCGUGGUUUGAUGACAAAAUAACUGAAGUGGAAAACUUGGAUAAUAACCUUCAAAAAUUACAUUCCGCAUUAAAAUCCCUGGUUACCACGCGCAAAGAACUGGCGAAUCUUACCGGUAUGGUGGCGAAAUCGGCUGCCAUGCUUAGCACGUGUGAGGAACACACCGGUCUUUCGCGAGCCUUAUCAAGUUUGGCCGAUGUUGAGGAGAAAAUAGAAAUUUUACGUUCGGAACAAUCAAACUCGGAUUACUAUAUUAUGUCGGAAUUUAUAAAAGACUAUUUGGGUUUGUUUGUUGCCAUUAAAUCCGUAUUUCAUGAACGUGUUAAAGUUUUUCAAAAUUGGCAACAUGCCCAAAUGCAGUUGUCUAAACGUCGGGAAAAUCGUGGUCGUUAUGAACUGAAUAAUCGAGCUGAUAAAUUGGAACAAGCUCACCAGGAAGUGGAAGAGUGGCAAGUCAAGGUACAAAGAUGUCAACAACAAUUCGAGGAAAUUUCAACAGAAAUUAAAAAGGAAAUGGAACGUUUUGAAUUAAAUCGGAUACAAGAUUUUAAGGCAAACAUUGUCAAAUAUCUUGAAGAUCAGAUGGCCCAUCAGCAGCAGAUAAUAAGCUAUUGGGAGUCAUUUGUGCCCAGUGCCCGCGAGAUUGUUUAAAAAUGAGGUCAUCCCAUAAAGUCAAAACGCGUUUUCUCUUACUUGUAUGUAACAACCAAUGCCAAUGUUUCGCCUUUUUAAACUCCACAGCCACUACAAGUGGAACAUAAUUGUUGUUAUACGAAAUUCCCUUGAUGCGUGGGACCAAAUGCGUUAAGACCACCCCCUCCAAGACACACUAUGGCUUUGAUAAAAUACCACCAAUAAAAUUGAUAACUUUUUUUGUAUAUUGCCGUUGCUUAAAACGCAAUUACAUUUCUAAUUAAUGCGCAAAACCAGAGGAGUCGAAAUAUUGUUGCUUUAAAUUUCUAUCUACAUAAGAUUUGAAUCUUAUUUGACUAUUUGUGCAUAAUAUCAUCACCUUUGUUAAGAUUACCUCAGUCAUAAAGUAAUUCAAUUUAUUCUGUGUUAUUCCUCCUAUGGGGACACACACAUAUAUAAAAACAUGAAACGUUCCAACAAUUAUUUUAGACACCCUCACAGAUUUAAAAUCUCGUACAUUUACUACAUUAUAAUUAUUAUUUCUUUUUGUUAAAAUAUCUAUGUAUUUCCAUGAAACUUUUAAAGUUUAAUAUUAUGUUACUGAAAAUUAUUAUUAUUUUUUUUUUUCUUAAUUUUAUACAGCAAAAAAACACAUUUUUUACAUGUUAUCUAUCGUUAUAAAAAAAAGAAAAGAAAGAAAUCGAAUCGGUAUUAGACAAAAACUCCUAACGGUAAACAAAAAUAUAUAAAAAGAAACAACAAAAUAAUUGGCCUUCACACAUUACCAUUAUCAUGUUUGUAUUAGAAUACAAAAUGAGAGUUAAUAAAGGGUUUAAGAAACAUAUUACAUCAUAAAUAUAAUAUGAUCUAUAUAUAUUAUGUAUGACUAUAAAUCAACAACACACACACACACACAUUUAUUAAUAUGUAUUAUUUUCAAUUAAAAAUCAUAUUUGAAAUUUAAAAGAAAUUUUUAUUAAAAUACAAAUAAAAGAACAAACUGUAUAUAAUGUUAAUAAUAAA